AUGUCCAACCCAAAAAAAGUUCUUCAAGACUUUGCAUUCAAGUUAUCUUAUAGGAACACUCUGCCAGAAAUCCCUUUUGAUCCUAAGCUGCUAGAACAUCCGUUUCCAAAAGACCGUCACUACAAGUACACUUACAAUUCCUUGUAUGCGUCCACUCCACACCUCGUGUAUGCUGCUGAUGAUGAAAACGGACUUCCUUUGAACCUACUUGCACAUGGAUAUUUGGAGAAUGCAUUCCGUAACCCUCAUGCUGCUUUACUACAACCCAACCCAGAUGCGCUUGAUCCAGAAGAUCUUGAAUUGCUGGUUCCGCCUGUGGAUGCAAAACUUGCUUCUGAUAAUGCUGAGGCUACUCGUGUACGCCCUGUCGUUCCUUGGCUACGGCGGACAGAAUAUGUUGCAGUUGAAGGCAAAACAUACGGUCGUAGAGCCGAUACAGGUGUUGAAACAAAAAUGGGUAUUUCUAUUAAAAAGGAUAAGCAUCUUAGCAGUCUUAUGGACAGAUCUGAAGAGGCUCAAAUGCUGGCCAUUGAAAACACAUUUGAAACAGCAGCGGCAGCAACUCUCAGCAAUCUCAAACAUCCAACCAAUCCGGAUCUCAAACUCGUAGAGAUUUUCCCUAUUUAUCCUGAUUUUGAGUUUUGGCCUAAUUUAUAUCAGCUUGUUACUUUUGAUGAUGAUCCGAUUUCUCGAGCGCCUGGUGGUGGAGCUACUGAUGCUGAUGGAACCGAGUAUGAACACGAUCUCAAACUGGAUCGAGCUAUUAUCAAACCCAUUGCAAAUCCUGAAGAUGAUACGGAUUUUACCAUGGCAUUCUAUACUCCAACGGAUGCUUCAGCAAGUGCUGUACGUGAGCAUCGUGAACGCCAAAAGCAUUUGAUGGCACAAGGUCAUGAUAUCGAAGAUGAAGAUGAAGAUCAGUCUCAUGAGUAUAAAUUUCGUCGUGACUUUGACGAAAGCGUUAGCAAAUCAAACUAUCCCUUUUGUAUUGAGCUUCGAAAAGAAGAAGGAGGUGCAUUUUACAGUAUGCUUCCUAAACGUAUGACGCUGCGCAAAAAACGUGCUUUGAACAAGCGCGAGCGCGACUACGAUGUAGAGUAUGAGAAGCCUACCAAAAUUCUUGUUUCUCAUCGUGAACUUACAGCUGAGGAGAUUUCCGAAAGAAAUACAAAGAUGAAGGAUCUUUUACAGCGUGACGAUAUUGAUGACGAAUGA